AUGUCUCAAUUAAUAACUGUGGCUACAUGUAAUUUAAACCAAUGGGCUUUAGAUUUUGAAGGUAAUAGAGAUCGUAUCUUAGAGUCUAUUAGAAUUGCUAAGGAAAGAGGUGCACGUUUACGUGUUGGUCCAGAAUUAGAAAUUACCGGUUAUGGGUGCUUGGAUCAUUUCUUAGAGAACGACCUAUGUUUGCAUUCUUGGGAAAUGUAUGCCCAAAUUAUCAAACGCCCUGAGACACAUGGUUUAAUAUUAGAUAUUGGUAUGCCAGUCCUGCAUAAAAAUGUGCGUUAUAAUUGUAGAUUGCUCUCUUUAGAUGGAAAUAUUUUAUUUAUUAGACCUAAGUUAUGGCUGGCCAAUGAUGGGAAUUAUCGUGAAAUGAGAUUCUUCACGCCAUGGAUGAAACCAACUGUAGUGGAAGAUUUCUUAUUACCUCCAGAAAUUCAAAAAAUUACUGGUCAAAAAGUUGUACCAUUUGGUGAUGCUGUUAUCAGUACUCUAGAUACUUGUCUUGGAGCAGAAACAUGUGAAGAACUUUUUACUGCACAAUCUCCACACAUUGCCAUGUCAUUAGAUGGUGUUGAAAUCAUUACAAAUUCUUCUGGUUCUCAUCAUGAAUUGCGUAAGUUGAACAAAAGAAUAGACUUAAUUCUAAAUGCUACUCAAAGGUGCGGUGGUGUAUAUCUUUAUGCAAAUCAACGAGGUUGUGAUGGGGACAGAUUGUAUUAUGAUGGUUGUGCUUUGAUUGCAGUUAAUGGUAAAGUUGUAGCCCAAGGUUCACAAUUUUCUUUAAAAGAUGUUGAAGUCGUCACUGCAACCGUUGACCUAGAAGAAGUUAGAAACUAUCGUGCAUCUGUGAUGUCUCGUUCUUUGCAAGCGGCUGCCACCGAUAUUAGAUACAAAAGAGUCGACGUUCCAAUUGAAUUAGCUCGUAUGAAAGAAAGAUUCGACCCAACUAUUACCCCAACCAAAUCUAAGGAUGUUUUUUACCAUACUCCUGAAGAAGAAAUUGCCUUAGGUCCUGCAUGUUGGCUAUGGGAUUACCUUAGACGUUGUAAUGGUACAGGUUAUUUUCUACCAUUAUCUGGAGGAAUUGAUUCUUGUGCCACUGCCAUGAUUGUUUAUUCUAUGUGUAACUUGGUAGUCAAAGAAGCCAAAGAGGGUAACCAACAAGUUUUAAACGAUCUUAGAAAGAUCGCACGUAGUGAAGAUGAUUGGAUCCCCGAAAAACCACAGGAUAUUGCCUCCAAAAUUUUUCAUACCUGUUUCAUGGGCACCGAAAACUCAUCAAAGGAAACAAGAAGUAGAAGUCGCUGCUUAUCUGAAAAAAUUGGCUCUUAUCAUGUAGAUUUAACUAUGGACAGCCUUGUUUCCAGUGUUGUCACCUUAUUUGAAGUUGCUACAGGGAAAAGACCAAUAUUUAAGAUUUUUGGUGGUUCUCAAAUUGAAAAUCUGGCUUUACAGAAUAUUCAGGCUCGUUUAAGAAUGGUCUUAGCUUACCUUUUUGCUCAAUUAUUACCAUGGGUUAGAGGUAUCAAGAAUUCUGGUGGGUUAUUAGUGUUAGGUAGUGCCAAUGUGGACGAAUGUUUAAGGGGAUAUUUGACUAAAUAUGAUUGUUCUUCUGCAGAUAUCAAUCCAAUCGGUGGUAUCUCUAAGACUGAUUUAAAAAAAUUCAUUGCAUAUGCAUCAAAACAAUAUGAAAUGCCUAUUUUAGAUGAUUUCUUAAAUGCUACACCAACUGCUGAGUUAGAACCUAUUACCAAAGAUUACGUUCAAUCUGAUGAAAUUGAUAUGGGUAUGACUUAUGAAGAAUUGAGUAUAUUUGGAUAUUUAAGAAAGGUGGAAAAAUGUGGUCCAUAUUCAAUGUUUUUAAAAUUAUUGCAUUUGUGGACACCUAAAUUAAAACCUGCCCAAGUUGCUGAAAAGGUGAAAAGAUUCUUUUUCUUCUAUGCAAUCAAUAGACACAAACAGACUGUUUUGACACCAAGCUACCAUGCUGAACAAUAUUCUCCAGAUGACAACAGGUUUGAUUUAAGACCAUUUUUAAUUAAUCCAAGAUUCACUUGGGCCAGUAAAAAGAUUGAUCAAGUUGUUGCUCAAUGUGAAGGCAAGACGUCCGCGAAUUUAGAUAUUAUGAGUGUUGAUUAA